GAAGUGAUGCUGUGCUGAGGCCGGAAACAUUCCCGUUGGUUCCUGCGCUGCCGGGAGUCGGUGUCGGAGAGAGACCGCUCGGAGCCGCGAGACAGAGAGAGAGAGACGGAGAGAGAGAGAGAGAGAGAAAAAAAAGAGAAAGAGGAUCAGGUGUGUCCGAUUCAGAAAUGGAGACCUUUUUCGAUUGGAUUUUUGGUAAUAUUACCAGUAUGCUGCAAUUCCUAGGUUUAUGUAAGAAGUCAGGAAAGUUGGUUUUCUUGGGUUUGGAUAAUGCUGGCAAGACAACCCUACUGCACAUGUUGAAAGAUGACAGACUGGGACAGCAUGUUCCUACAUUACACCCGACAUCGGAGGAACUGACCAUUGCAGGAAUGACGUUUACCACGUUUGAUCUUGGAGGUCAUGCACAAGCCCGACGAGUUUGGAAAAAUUAUCUCCCUGCCAUUAAUGGAAUUGUUUUCUUGGUUGACUGCGCAGACCAUUCACGGCUUGCUGAAUCUAAGGUUGAGCUUGAUGCAUUGAUGACAGACGAAACAAUAUGUAAUGUUCCAAUUCUUAUCCUUGGAAAUAAAAUUGAUCGACCAGAAGCCAUCAGUGAGGAAAAGCUAAGGGAAAUCUUCGGUCUGUAUGGACAGUCCACAGGAAAGGGUAAUGUACCCCUCAAGGAGCUGAACACUCGGCCAUUGGAGGUGUUUAUGUGCAGUGUGCUAAAGCGUCAAGGUUAUGGAGAAGGAUUUCGCUGGCUUGCACAGUACAUCGACUGAACUUAAAAUUUGACUACUGUGGACUGAACUAGUUUGCCAUUGUCAUGUUUUUUUUCUUUUAUUUAAAAAAAAACAGGAUACACAACUGUCGACUCAACACAUCAUAAUGCCAACCAGGAGAUAAUCCCCAUUUUCUGAGUUUUUAAGUAUAAUUUGAGUUAAAUGUUUGUACGAUAAUUCAAAUUGUAAUGUUACACAUGAUCCUUUGUUUCAUACUAGCUGAAAAAUUUACACUUAAAUGUAUAUUGUGCAACAGUCUCAGGAUGUGUGCAUUGUUCUUUUUUUGCUCUGCCCCUCUUCUCCCUUCCUCCCCUCUCACCACAGGGUUUUUUUGGUGCUCUUAAAUUGUUUGGGAAUGUUUAUACUCAAAGGCCUUGUUGCAAACAACGUGCAUUAAUGAAACAGAACAGUUGUUAACUGGCCACUGAUCUAAGUAUAUGCUGAAAGCAUUUUAACCCAACUUGAAAAUGGGAGGUUACAAUUGGCCUUAGUUCCUACUCCCUCAACAGUGGGAUCCUACUCCAGUUAGGAGGUUAAAUACUGCCUGAUUUUUUUCCUUCCACACCUCCCUCCUCCCCCCACUCAAUCCCUCACUGGAAAGUGCAGACGUAUGGGCAUCGUUAACACAAACAGGCUGAGUUGUGAUGCUAUACAGAGUCGAGCAGCAGCCUGCUGACAUUUAGUAAUGUAAAAUAGAUCACAUGGUUUACCUGCUAGCACUAUGUAACUGUAUCCCAAUAGGAGUCGGCACUUCAGGAGCAACAAAGGGGAGAAAAUUGACAAAAACAUUUUUUUAACCCAAAUAGGUUAUCAUUGUAUUAAGAAUUUUGUUGACUUUUCACAUCUGUUUUUCUUCUUUGCAAGUUAAUGUUUGCAAUUGAAGCCAUUCUCAACAUAUUCUGGGUUGAGAUACAGUUCACUACAAAAUAUGUACCUUGCACCUGUCUGGGUUGGUGAAAAUGCUGUCUGAUUUAUAAACACAAGUAAUUAGUUCAAUAUCCAGUUAUCUUGCUCUCGAUUCUCCAGUGAUUAUAGUUAUUGUGUCAAUGUGUGGUGCAGGUUAAUUGUUACACCAAAGGUGGAUCUUCGAAGACCUUUCAGUGUUACUGCAAAUAUUGCAUCCCUCAUUCAAACCUGCCAGUCUAGUUUUGUAUGACUAAUUAACUGUAAAGUUUAAAAAUUCACUAAAACAAAUUUUAAAAACAAAUUAUUGUGUCAUAACUAAAUGAUGGCCUGGGUUUUUUUAAACCUUAGUAAUUUUGAGAGUGAAAAAAAUUUAGACAACCAAUACCCAGGUGGAUUGAGUAUAAUGAAGUAGUUGUUUAAACUUCAUGAGUGAUUGUAAAGAACAAAGAAAAUCUCCAGUUUGUAAACACAGGUGGAUGGCACAAUCAAGAGCUAUUCAGUGAAUAACAAGUUUGACCCAGAAUUUUAUUUACUUCUCAGCGACUGAAAUAUUUGUAAACAUUUCUAUUGCACAAUUUCUUGCACACUUUUAAUUGUAAUGAAAGUGUUUCUGAUUCAUACGGUUGGUUGCUUUUAGCUUUCUUCGUUGUGUGGUUUGAUUGUAAAAUUACCAUAGAUAAUGCAAUGUGUUCUACAGAUUGAUAACAAGCAGCAGAUAUUCCCCUUACUCCUAUUAAUUAUAGCUAAUACAAUAGAACAAAUGUAUUUGGGAAUUCUUAUUUUUUCUGUUCACUUCCAAGAUUUGCUUAUCACAGAUUCACAAAAGUCGAAUUGAGUAGCAUUGUUAUUGAAUGGGAAAAACGUUUACAGUAGUCAAUCGAAAAGAAUGAGUGGUGGUCAGUCAACACUAAGUACUAUAGUUAUUAUUUUGUUUGUGCAUCUGAAGGCUUUAGUCACUUGUCAGAAUGGUGGUGUUCUUUCAAACUGCUGAAAGAAUGGAGGCAUUCUAUGUAAUAGUUUUGUUUUUCUUUGCUGUGCUUCUACAUGGGCCAGGCAGAUUUCUCUAGAAAUAGCACUGCAUCCCAUUCCCAAGCUCAAAUUGUUUUUUUUUGCUCGGUUUGCUCAACCCUAGUGCUCAGCCCCAUGGUGGCAAGCCCUUACAGUGAUGCAUUACUUCUUGAAAUGGGAGUACAGCAGAAGCCAAUUAAUGGGAAUGUAUUUUCAAAAAGUCCAUCUUGUACAUUUUCAAAAUGGUUUGCUUGAUAAGGGUGAGCAGAUUACUGGAAUGUUUUGCUUAUCACAGUUUGAUUAGGUGGGGGUACCAAUUAAGGAGUUUAUAUGCCAACUGCAUUGUCAGCGGCAUCCUAUUCUCCAAAGCAUGAAUGCAAACUUUUUUUUUAUCUCUUCCCCCCCCUCCCUCCCAAGACUUUAGGGCUUCUCACAUAAGUUGGUACUGUACCUGCAGUAUUACUCCCAUUAUUGCAGUUCUACAUGUUUGUAGUCAUUAUUCUCCACAGUUUUAAAGAGGGUAUUGGUGACAAGUUUAGCCUCUCGCCAAAUUAUUGCCUUCACCAAUUAAUUCUUGUAAAAGCUAGUUCAUACCCUCGCUGUCAGUUCAUUCUCCAUCUAGGAGAAAAAUAACCUGCAACAUGUAUAAAUGUAUUAUAAAUCAUUGCUUUAUUUGAAAUAAACAUAUAAUUAUA